GUGAACGCCGUAACUCACGCCGGGACGCGGAGCAGAGAAUGCCAGAGAUUCGAGUGAAUGUCGAGUCGAGAACGGUUAUAGAUCAGUUCUGAGUUGUUUGCGGCUCUCCGUUGGAAAGUAUCUCCGUGUAUCUCUCUGAAAGAGGAGAAAGAAAACGGAAGCGUAGUGACAAUACGCGAAAGGGAUUAAACGACAAGCGAAGGGAAGGAAGCGGCAGAAGAGUCGAAGAGGAGCCAGUAACAGGUGGGACAGUAUUAAAGCAAUCGGAUGGAUCAAGGAUUCCCGGGGCAGCACACCACCACCACCACGGUGACGAGUACCACCAUGACGACUGAACCCACUAUACGGUUCGAUAAGUCGUAUAUUAGAACAUGGUCUGGCAUGUUAAAAUUGGCAGAAGUGGGACUAAAUCUCUUAGGAUUUAUAUCCAUAACGAUGUCGGUAUACAGCAGCCACAGCCGGGGAGCAUGGUUCAAUACCGUGGCUAUGAGUGGCUUCUGGUUGACAGGCAUUCUUCUCAUUCUCUACCUGUUCCACAUUGUGGAGAAAUUCGCCAGGAUCCCUUGGCUUAAACUUGAAUUUAUAUACUGCACGGUAUGGACCUUGUUCUAUUUGCUGGCCGCUUCCCUAGUAGUUUCUUUCACACCUUACUCGGAAGCUUUUGUUACUGCUGCGUUCUUCGGAUAUUGCGCAAUGUUCGUGUACGGCUACGACGCUUGGCUGAAGUUUAAGGCGGUAAUGAGCGGGGGUUUGGCGCAGGGCCAGAGCAUACCGAAACAAUUGUCUGGCGUUACCAGUCCAGCGUAUUAGAUACUCAGGAGAGAAAAGGGCCCACGGUAGGAUGGACCACAUCGGUUGAUCGACUGGAACGAUCGAUCGAUCAACACAUAUCGUUACCUUCGUGCGGGGCCAGUCCUUUUUGUAAUUCCGGCGCGUUCCUCUCACGCGGAACGUCAAUGGCACGCACAAUGCGCGUGCAUAGCGCGUGCUUGUGCGUAUGUACGCCCGUUUGUCCACGCCCGCGCACAUGUAUUCGACUUUUCUUUCGUCUUUUUUUUUUUUUUGUAUUCUGUAACAAGGCAAUAAUCUACACUACGCCGUAGUAUUAACUUAUAUUCUAAUAAGAAGAAGAGAGCGACGCGACUGCGUGCACGCGUUAUCCGAACAACGAUUGCCAAUACUUUGUAAUAAUGUUCGCCGUGUCUUUGCUUUCGAUCGACUGUUAUAAAUGCGAUGAUGUAUGUGUACAUAUAUGUAUCUAUAUACGCAUAACACAAAGUCUGUAAACGUUGUUCAAUCGGUAUCUUAAAUUAUUGUUGGAACUAAGGCGAACGCUUAAGCAUCGUAGUGGUGGUAAACGACGAUGCUCAGGCGCAUUUUAGCACGAUAUCGUAUGCCAUUGCGAGUGCUACAUCUAUUUUAAUCCUCUGGAUUCUUAUUCGCAAUUGGACCAAUUUUAUCUUUCAAUGAUUGUUUUCUAUGUUUUUCUUUUUUUGAUAACGAGAUAUUUCGAAUUUUCGUAGAUUUCUAUAUCCAAUAAGUAUUUUAUAUAUAAAAAAAUUCUCUAUCUAAAGAAUUUAAAUUCGAGAGAAAUGAUUGAAUAUUCCAAGUGAAUGAACUUUUAAUGGAGAGUGUGAUUUCUGUGUAAAUUGAUAAUCCAAGAAUAUUUUCGGUCGUUUGCUGGCAAGGACAGGACAUUCAAAAAAUUAAGAUGCUGAGAGUUUUUCCCUUUAAUCAUUGUAUGUAGUCUUCGUAGACUGUCAUUUAAAUUUCUUCGAUAAUUUUAGAUUGUUCGAUAAUUUUACUUUGCAAGCCCCUAUCACAUGAAGGGAUCAAGAGUGCAGCUAUAACUGCGCAAAUUGUACAGGGGUACGCAAGAAAAUAAUGUAGCGUGAUCACAUGUACACACACAAAUAAUACGUUACUUGGCUCGCGACGACAUAUUUGUCGCAUUCGUCACCAUAUCGAAUCAUCAUAUCGCGUUACUCAGUACGCAUAAUCUUGCAGAUUCUGACGCUCACGAGAUUUUCUCUGUAUUACAAAUAAUUUGUUAUAAUAUAUCGAAGAGUAGUAUACUCACUCUUUGUUGCAACUCGUGCAAACCGUAUAUAUUUAUUAAUUUUUUGUUACCUUUAUGCAAGUUCGAACCUAUACAAGUACAACAUCGAUAU